AUGAUCAAGAACACGGCUGCGAAGCGGCGUCGCUAUCGGUGCGCCGAAGCAUGCAGCACUUGCAAGCGCCGCAAGGAGAAGUGUUCAGGCAACAGACCCUGCGCUCGCUGCAUCGAACGUGGUGUUCCUCGGACUUGUCAAUCUCAGCCUCGGCAGCCGUCCACCCGUCCCACAGAGUCUUAUAACGUCAAUCGCGAAGGAUCUGUGGCCGUCGAGGCAGCCAGUCGAGGUCGGAAUGUGGAAGAUGGACCAUCACGGGAGUCUCUCUAUCCUCUGUGCCUGGUGAUGAGCAAUGGUUCUACGGCUUCUGUUCUCGAGACAUCCCGGCUCAUACAAGACACCAAAGGCAAAUACAUGUUCAUUGGGGACUCAGCAGACUUGUCGCUGCUUCAGAACGUAUGCAGUCUUGUUGGAACAUCCAUAGGACCGUGUGCGUUCGUCGACGAUCCUUUCCGAUACCAGAUGGUCGAGUCGGCACCUGAGGGCCUCGCGAAAUGGAACCAUGCGACUGACCACGAACCUCCUGCCAAACCGAGUUUUGAUGAGGCAGCCUAUUUGAUUCGUCGCUAUUCAUUGGCUACGAAUUGUGUGCUGGACCUCUUCGACGAGAGUGACCUCCUCGACAAUCUUUCGAAUUGGCUUGAUGGCCGGUCGGACUACACGUCUGUACUGAGUGCAAUAUACUAUCUUGUGUGUGCCAUAGGGGCCCAGACAUGUCCAGAGGACAAAGACACACUGGCUAACGUCUACUUUGAUUAUGGCCGGUAUCUCACAGCCUCAUAUUUCAUGGAGGAUCCCAGUAUUCCAACUGUACAAGCAUACGCCAUGAUCACCAUGUACCUGCUUGGAGCGUCGCGAAGGAAUGCUGCCUUCAUGUACCUUGGGACAGCCGUUCGUGCCGCUUACGCCCUUGGUUUGCAUCGGUCUGACCUUGGUGGGCUUUUCAAUCCUGCCGAGAUAAAAACACGGGAGAGGGUCUGGAAAGUCAUGCGUAUCCUCGACCUUUUCAUGAGCGCCUCGUUAGGAAGGCCUCCGGCGACCGAAGAAACACGUAACACAGAGCUGGGCGAGAAUUACUCCCCAUCAGUAGAUCUAUGCGCCAUUUUCGAAAAGAUCUUGACCGACAUAUAUGCAAAACGCAUGAUCUCCACUGAAACUCUCCAGAACAUCAGCCAGCAUCAUCGGCGGUGGACGGUGCGCUUUCAAAGCAGUUUAGAUACUGACAGCAUCAAGGAUGAGGAGUUCCUCGAGGGCCGGUUGCCAAACGUUGGCCUGAUACACGUCCAUGAGGCAUACUACUGGACUAUCAUACUUCUCACGCGGCCCUUCUUCGUGGAAUAUAUCUCCAGUCGCAUUGCACUUAAGUCGCAGAAUUGCGGAGAUGGAGAAAGGAGUCCUGACCCUCUCAAUUCUUCUCACCGAAUUCAAGUUCAUGCAUGUGUCAACUCUGCGAUCAGCACAGUGAAUGUGCUGAGAAAGUUACUUGAGUUCGAAGGGAUACCGAAGCGACUUCCUUUUGUUGUCAAUUCGAUUUUUGUCGCGGGUCUCGUUCUGGGCUUGUCUUAUUUUGGCGAUUUGUACAAGAUCUAUCCCUUAGAUGACAGACUUUGUACCGCACUGAAGUUACUCGCCCUCUUUCCGCACGAUGCUGUCGCAAAAAGGAACUUGGUGAUUCUCCAAUCGCUACUAGAUGCGUGCAGGACCUAUGUGAUGAAGGAAGCAAAGGAGAACAUGGCAAUGCACUCUCAAUUGGUGAGUGGGAUGUUUGGACAGAUUCACAAAGCGGAUAACGAGGAAGUUUCCUUUAUGACAAAUACUCCAGAAGGAGAUCAAUGCUCUGUCGACAACAUCGAAGACCCACGUCGACCAAAUGUAUUCAACCAUACAGAGCCACAUGAUGCUACGGACCAGGGACUGACCGAUGUAUUCACCGGUGUCAACAGCGGAAAUGUUGGGUUGAAUAUGCUCGACUGCACGGAAAUGAACAAUAUCAAUAUAGAGGCGAUUGCUGGUCUUCCAACUUUCCAGGACGACAUUUCGAUGUUGCCUGCUAUGUCUCCAAGAACAUUAUGGUUCGGCUCCUACGAAGACAACGUGCCCCUGUUUUCGAUGAUCGACGAGCGCGAUUUUCUGGGCUAA